AUGGGGGUGCAGAGCAGCGAAGGUCAGGUGAUGUUCUCCUCCAUCACCCUGCUGCAGCAGAGGUUCAGGGAGCCAGAGAGGAUCAGGGAGAAGCGGGAGGAGAGGCUUCUCCACGUGCUCGCCCCCCGCCCUGCGGCCACCACCUCCCCGAGGGAGAUGCCCGUGAAGUGGUUCUUCCACCCGGAGCUGCUCUACCCGUGCAGGCCGCUGCGUGACACCACUGCCGCUGUCGCCGCCGCCUCCUUAUUCCCGACCGUGCCAACCACUGUCUGUGAAUGUAAAAGCUUCCAGCUCCACGGCGAUAGCAACCAUUCUCUGUUAUAUCUGGAUACUCAUCACCAGAGGAAUCAUCAGAGCCAAAUGCCCUGUAUGGAAAAUUGA